AUGAGACGACUCUUUCUUUCACUAUUUCAUAAACGGAUCUUCCCCUCCACACCAAUCACGAGUUUUUCUCCAUUCCUCUCGUAUAUCGUCGUAACGCCCUUAAUGCUAGGUUUUGAAAAAGACUUUUCAUGUCAUUCCCAUUUAGGUCCGAUUCGGAUCCCUCUGUUGUUUCCUUUUCCUCCCGCACCCUUUCCUCGAAAUGAGAAAGAAGAUGGUACACUCGAAUUGUAUUAUUUAAGUGCUUAUUGCUUGCCAAAGAUCCUACUUCUACAAUUGGUAGGUCACCGGGUUAUUCAAAUAAGUUGUGUUUUCUCUGGUUUUCCCAUGUUCAAACUUCUGUACCAAUUCGGUCGAUCCGGAAUGGAUCGGUUAAACAUUCUAUUAGGGAGCCUGGUCUUGACUCUGAUGUGUGGUAUUCAUUCUCGUUCGGCUCUUGGAAUCACAUCCAGCCGUGGUUGGAACAGCUCGCAAAAUCCAACCACUUCACCUACUUCAUUGCCCCCAACCCUUUCUCGUACCUCUAUUGAAACAGAAUGGUUUCAUGUUCCUUUAUCGAUUGGUUAUUCCUCCCCGUUCGUCUCUCUUUUUCCAAUUGCGGUCUCGAUUAGUUUACAAGAUUGA